UUUGUUUGUUUGUUUUUCUUUCAUCUCAACAGCCAGUUCUAUGACUUCUGUAACUGGAGAUUUUAGUAUCAGAUUGGUGAAUGGUAAUAAUGACUGCUCUGGAAGAGUUGAGAUCCUGUAUAAUGGCCAGUGGGGAAUCGUGUGUGAUGAUAACUGGGACAUGAAUGAUGCUGCUGUGGUGUGCAGACAGCUGGGAUGUGGAAGAGCUGAUAGUGCACCUGGCAGUGCUCAUUUUGGCCAGGGUAGUGGUCCGAUCUGGUUGGAUGAUGUGAGAUGUUCAGGAAGUGAAUCAUCGCUCACACAGUGUUCACAUCCUUCUAUUGGAACACAUAACUGUGGUCAUGGUGAAGAUGCAGGUGUCAUCUGCUUAGACAUAAGGUUGGUCAAUGGGUCUGAUUCAUGCUGUGGGAGAGUGGAGAUCCGUUAUAAUGGCCAGUUGGGAACUGUGUGUGAUGAUAUCUGGGACCUGAAUGAUGCUGCUGUGGUGUGCAGACAGUCACAGUGUGGAUCAGCCAUCAGUGCACCUCCUGGAGCCGCCUUUGGUCAAGGCAGUGGAUCUAUCUGGCUGGAUGAUGUUGAAUGUUCAGGAAGUGAAGGAGCCCUCACACAAUGUUCACACAAAGGACUAGGAAAACAUGACUGUAAACACGGUGAAGAUGCUAGUGUUAUUUGUACAGGUAUGUUAAAUCUUUAA